UUGAGAAAUGGAUAGAGCAAUAACUUGCAAGAUAUGCCAUCAAAAGUUCUUCCCAGCUUCCAUGAAGUUCCACGUCAAGGAAUGACAGAAGAAGUAUGAUGCUACACAUGAGAAAUGAUGUUAUUGAGCACAGAAGAUCUUCAAACCAGAUUUGCACAGGCACGAAGAUAUAUGUAAAACAGUUCCAACACAUCACAAAAGCAGUAAAGGAAAGGUUCACACAAUUUCUUCUAUUGAAAGUGGGAAAUAUGGUAUUCCUGAUUCCCAAGGGCUUCUUGCAUGCAAAGGUUGAAACAGGAAAUUCGCUGCUUAUCGUAUUGGUACUCAUGAGAACAUCUGCUUAGGGAAAAAGCAACCUGGAGCUCCUUCAAGGUCAACUUUGAAACCAAAGCAGACCAAGAAAGCUGUUAAAAAGCCUACUAUCAAUAGUAAACAAGUCUUUCAAGGUAAAGGAGUCAUGGUUAAUAGUACUUUUGAUGACGAUCAGAAUCUGGGAAAGAAGAGUUCAGGCCCAGGCAAAACCUUCAGUGGUCUCAAGAAGAAAACUAAGAAAUACCAGCCCAAGAUUGUAUACAAUUGGAGAUGUACUUACUGUAUGGUUGUUAAUAAUAUUGAAAAUACUUGCUGAAAGAAAUGCAAAAAGCAGAGAGAUCUCACUCCAGAAGAGACCAAGGCUAAAGAGAAGGAAAUCGAUGAAUUUGAUCUUAAAUAAGCACCGACUUUCCGAGAUCCUUGGUAGCCUCGAAUCUGAACUGACAGAUUCUGAUUUUAGGACUUGAGUUAAGAAACUUAAGGUGAUUUUGAUGAAUAUCAAUGAUCAUCCGGAUGAGAAGAAAUAUCGAAGAAUAAAGUUAGAUAACAAAAAGUUUCAUCAAACUGUUGGAAGACAUGACAAAGCGAUUGAAUUUUUACUUUCUAUUGGUUUUAAAAAGAUUUUUACAGAAGAAACAACCCCAGAGGCAUCCCUAAGUUAUGAUGAUAACACAACUAGCGAGUUGUUUAAACAUACAGUCAAAAAUAUCAAUAUAAUAGUUGAUGUUCUUGUUGAAGAGGAAGAAGUUAAAUGCAUUGGAGGUUAAAAAUUGCGCAACUCACUAUUUUCUAUAAUUUAAUAUA